AUGGUCGUCGAUACCCUCUACGGCUACAACACCGCCGGUCGCGCUGGGCCCUCUGGCACUAGCCUAGUGUUCCCCCUCGACCUGGACCAAGUCUCGACCAUAGAUCUCACCAAUUCAGCGACGCGACAGCUUACCCUGAAUGACCUUGGUACCGACUGCCCACAGACGGAAGCUCCCUCCGUGAUCGCGACUGCGGCACCUAACGGCCGGUGUGAUCCUAUCCUGCUGGCUCCGGAGCCCGUCAAAUCUUGGGCGUCGCCUUGCAAUGCAUGCGGUCAGUUCGGGUUGUUCGACCCCCCGUAUGCCGUCUCUCCGCUCACUGGAGGCCUUGUGCCGGUGACGACCACUGUUGCGAUGACCCAGCCAGAGACACAGACUACUCCAAGCGCGGCGUCCGCCACUGAUACUUCUGCCACGGCGGUGGUCAUUACGGAGUCCCCGUCUCCAAGUACAGAGGCUACUUCGUCGGUCAUAGAAACCACUUCCUCUCCGAUUGCGGUUACUUCUUCCAGUGUCAUGCCGACUCCGGCGUCAUCUAGCACUGGCGGGGCUACUGGUUCAUCUUCUUCAUCAUCCCUCAGCUCAACCUCCAGUCCAGCUACUACUUCAACGGCGUUCAAUUCCGCGCCCAAAGAAAGUGGGUGUGGUGCAUGGCUGGGCUUGAGUUUCUUCGCGCUGGCAUGCUUGCUGUAA